UGUCUUCUUUUUAUAAGACAAGGAUUAUUUUGUACGAGUUGUUUUCAAUUAUUCUUUGUAAAUAGCUCCUUGUUUGCAGGUCUUACUCCUCAAGAAACAUUUCAUUAAAGCUUGAGAUUCAGGAUAAGGAGGCGCUACCAUGGGGAAGCAGAACAGUAAACUUAAACCAGAAGUUUUAGAAGAUCUCCGACAAAACACAGAAUUUUCAGAUGCAGAAAUUCAAGAAUGGUACAAAGGGUUCCUUAAGGAUUGUCCUAGUGGUUACCUCAGUGUGGAAGAGUUCAAGAAAAUUUAUGGAAACUUUUUUCCCUAUGGAGAUGCAUCUAAAUUUGCAGAACAUGUCUUUCGCACAUUUGAUGCCAAUGGAGAUGGUACUAUUGAUUUCCGAGAAUUUUUGUGUGCCCUUUCGGUAACAUCACGGGGAAAGCUUGAACAGAAACUAAAAUGGGCAUUCAGCAUGUAUGACCUUGAUGGAAAUGGAUAUAUCUCUCGACAAGAAAUGCUUGAAAUUGUCACGGCCAUUUAUAAAAUGGUAGGUUCAGUAAUGAAGAUGCCUGAAGAUGAAUCAACACCUGAGAAGCGUACUGAUAAAAUAUUCCGACAAAUGGACAAAAACAAAGAUGGCAAGUUGUCUUUAGAAGAAUUCAUUGAAGGAGCCAAGAGUGAUCCAUCAAUUGUGCGGCUUCUUCAGUGUGAUCCUCAGGCUCAGUGAGAACACAUCUAGUUGCAAAUGUUACCCAGAUGAAUCGAAGCGUCACUCAGAUAGGAGUCCAACUGACCAAAGGAACUCUUUUCUCGUUAAAAACAAGGAUGAAGUCAAUUUUGCCUGCCUGUAUGGAGCAACCUAUUAAGUGUUAAUGUGAGCAAAGCUUUUGAGCGGUCAUCAUUUGGCUAAAAAGUAAUUGAUUAUUUGUUCUACUAAGGAUGAGCAGGCAACCCAUUUUACCUGGUUUGACUGAUGUCUUUGCUGAUGGACGUAUGUGAAUUCCGGUAUAAUUCGUAGUUAUUUUAUGAAAAAUUACCUUUUUAACUAAAUUAUUAAAAACAUGACUUGAGUGUCCUCUUCUUGUAUAAAUAUGAAUAUGUUUUAAUUAUUAAUAACAACAACUAAAUCUAUACAGUUUUAACUGUUGCUUGGUUUGUAUUGUAUAUAAUUCACUCAACUCUGUAUUCACUUUCAUUAAAUCUUUUGCUCUGUAUUACUUCAGAAUCAUAUUUCCUUGGUGCAAAUGUGCACAGUCAGUGUCUGACCUGAAAUGAAACAGAACAUGGUAAUGUGUAUCCUGAUAUCUUCGAUCUCCUGUCAUCUACCCAAUGUGGAUGUGCUAUAUUGUUGAUAUCAGUACCUUCUGGCUUGCUCUGCCAAAUUUCGUGCUGUGAACGAGUCAUAAGAAUCAGCAAACCUACUACUGACAUUUUUAAAAAACUCUAAAUUUGAAAGAAUUUAUGUGGGCACAUCUACAAAUUUCUGUGGUAUGUCACAGCAUUACAUGUUCAUCUGUUCACAUUUUUCGCUUUCGUCACUUUCCACUGUAAAACAUUUGCUGUAUUUCUCUGGUUUGAAUGAAUCUGUUGUCAAUUUCCCUACUUUAAAUCUGGACCUAGAUUUUGAAGAAUUGCUGAGUUCUCUUAUUUUUUGUCUUGUUUUGAAUGGCGAAUGCUGUUUAGUUCUGUCAUAUUGUCACCUUGGGCAUUGUUACUACAUUCAUUGAAAUCUUAUAAGACUAGGUAUUCUUGUUAAGACUUGAUUAUAGCAAGUCCAUUUGAUCGUAGUUCAUUGCAUACAUAUAUAAUGGUCCUCUUGUAAACAAUUAAAUUAUACACAUGUUUGAAUUGUCUGUGGCUCACAAAUCAAUCUGGGAAACUACCGAGUUUCUUGGACAAAUUACUGGCAUGUGAUUUAUUCAAACACCUGAUUUGAGUAAUUAGGUGUUUUGGUUUUGUGUUUUCUUCUCUCAACUUGUUAUCUUCCCAGACCCUAAAAAAAGUACAUAAAUGUGAUAAGCAGCCAAGAUAGGCUACUGCUAGUGCCCAGAAUCCUCCAAACUCUCUCUUGUAACCCAAUUUAUAGAUCCUCUAGUUAGGUUAAUUUUGUGUGAUCACUAAUUAUUGUUUAUGUCAUGAAUUUUGCUGCAAACAUGUCUCAACUAUGCUAGUCGAAACGGUGGAUAUGUGCUUCUCUGUAUGCUGUUCUAUUUAUUUUAAAGUCCUUUCAAUCGCAAAUAUGUUUGACAGCUUUUGUGUUUUUUGUUUGCUAUGGAACCCAACAGUUUGGAAAUUAUGUUAUUCCUGGCUCUUUUGUGUGUCAACUGGUGCUAUCAGUAUUUUUAAAAGAAGAGUCAUUAGUACCAGUGUGAUAUGUUCAUUUAUUUUUGAAGUUUUUGAAGUUUUGGGUCGAGAGUUUCAUACUAACAAAAAUACUCACAAGAAUACAACUCUCACUCUCUUUUUCUCUCCAUCUCUUUGUGUCGGUGAAUGCUAUUAGUUAAACUAUGAAUGAGAUAGACCACUCAUGUAGAAAAGUAAGAGUAAAGAUCCGUAUGACAGUACAGUAUGUUUUAUGCUAUGUAUAUUUCUCUACUGUAGUGGGCUUUUCAAAUCAUGAUUUAUUUUGGUUGAAAAGCUCAUUUUCAUUCUGAAAGUUAUUUGUUAUGUUAUCACCACAGCACACCACACACACACUUUGUGAUUUUUCCAAUAAUACCAUUUCCAAAACAGAUCUAGAGUUAAAAUGUUUCAAACAUGACUGUUUUUUUCCUUUCUUUUUUUUUCAACCGAUUCUUAUUCUUUGUUGUUUUUAUGGAUAGGCUUGAGUGAUCCAUUCAGUUCAAUAUUAGAUUGAUGGUAAUUUAUUUAUUUUAAAUAUUCAACAGUAUUGGGUUUUCUAAGGGAAAAAUUAUUGUGAUUACAAUUGUGUGGCAAGUGUGCCUUUUAGAUUUUGUAUGUAAGAAUUCAUGAGUGAGGUGAUUGUCAAAAUGUCUUUAUUUGUGUGAAUGUGAGUGUGUGAGUGAAUGUGUGUGUACGUGCGCUCGUGUGUGUGCGCUCGUUUGCGCGUACGUACGUGUGAUACUUUAUGUUUCCUCUAAACUGACAUUAUUUCUUUGUUAGUUCACUAAUUUUGUGCUUUAAUCUAACGUACACAUUAUCUUGACAUUUAUUUAGUUUUGAAAUGAAUGGUUGUGAGUGUAUCAUGUCAUGAUUUUUCAUUUCAGACGUCUUACGCAUGAUACUAUAUUAAAUGUAUUCAUCUCUUCUACCCACAUGUCAUGAGACAAACAAUUGGUUCAAAACAAAUUUGUGAUUGAGUGCCUCCAAAGAAUAUUCAAAUUUUCAUCUCCAUGUAUCAUAAUAACAGGUGUAAAUCGCAUGCAUCAUUCAUCUAUUUAUGAGUUUGUUUCUAAAAAUUGUCAUUUAUGUAUGUAAAUGAGUGAUAUCCAGGAUCAAUCACUUAACGUUUUAUUAAUGUUUUUCAGUCAUCUGUACACAUUUUUCAUUCAGCAUUCUCUUGCAUGUUUUGUGCUUGAACUUGCAGUGGUGACCAGCUUACUCACGAGAGGUUGAUCAUAAAAUCAGUAUUUAAUGGUUUGCUGGUGACAUUGAUGCAUUUUCAGUUGGCGGAAACCAUUACUGCAGAUCAUAUCAUGUCAAGAUGUGGAAUUGUUUUUUUCCAUUCUGUACAAUGGUAAUACUUAGUGGAAAGUGCAUCAAUCAAACUGUGCCUAUACAUUGUGAAGCUAUGUAGUGCCAUAUUUACUUUCAGUUCAUUGGUGUCAGUAAAGUUAACUAAGGGGACUGCUCACCGAAAAUAUAUGUUUGCAGUUUGCAGUCAUGCUUAUGCUCUUGUAUGAUUUGUUUAUGUGCCUCAUUGCUUUUUAUAGCAUCUAAGUCAUACCGGGGCCAUAAAUAAGUCAACAUUUUCAAGUUUGGUAUAAAGUUCAAGAAGAAAAUUGAUUUAGGUAGACUAGUGAUGAACUUUUGGUUCAAAGUUCCACCCAUUAUGCAUUGAUAAAGCAAUGUAUAUGUGUAGGAGAGCCUAACAAAGAAUCAUUUAUGUGAACAGCCCCCUUAUGGCACUUGUUAUUGUACUAGAGGUUUUCAGAAAAUAGACUAAUUGCAGUCAUUUUAUGCAUACUUUAAGGUCUUCCAAAAAUUGAGCUAAAAGUUUAGGAUUACUCCAAGUAAAAGUGUGCUUCUAAUUACCGUUUUUGUACCACCAAAAUUGUUUGUGGAUAGACCAAGUACAUCUUUAAAUUAUCUCAAAGUCAGCAAACAGGUUCAAAUUUAUUUAUUUACAAAAAAGGACUAGCUAUGAUUAACAAAAUGUUUAUGUUUGUUUAGUUGAAAUGGAUCCAAAAUGAUUGUAGUUUUCAGCCCAAUUAAUAAUGUAGCUUCUUCAUGUAUUGUGGAGAUACGUUUUCUAGUUAUUUGUCUUCAUUUCCUCUCAUUUCAGUUAGCUCAAAAGCGCUAUUUUGCCAAUGAAAAAUGCUUCAUUCUUGUUUUAAAGUUAUACGAAUGUGGCUUCAGUUGACUCACCUUUCAUAUCAUGCAAUCAAUGUAUUUAAAUUGUAGUUCAAUUUCUUUCCGCACAUUUUAAGGCCUUGCAAUAUUUGUUGGACUCACAUUCUUAUUAUAUUGAUAAUAUAUUGAUGAUUAUUGUCUGUUGCCAUUUUCUUAUAACCCUCACAAUGUUGUAUUUGUGCUAUUCAGUAUGCAUUUUUUGGUAUGUACAUAAUCUUACUUCGGCCCCCAACCCGUAUAUCUUCCUUACGUCACGGGAAAAGUGUCAUCAAACUGAGCAAACCUUUGCCUUGUGCCUUGUAUUAUGAUUGUAUCUGAUAUGUAUCUAUGACCUCUUUGUGUCGUCUUUAGUAAGGAAGCCUAGGAGAGCAUUGAAUGUGAGGAUAUCUUGCAGACAUCUUUCCGUGGUGGAGAACACAUUUCUUAUACCUAUCAAACAUCCCUCCAUCAACAUGGAUAGUGGACUUGUUUUAGACUAUCUGCCACGCUUAUGUGAAGAUCACCAAAUGGGAACCAAGGAUUGUAAUACUGCAAAAAUGUUUAUUAAUAAAUUUUCUGUUAAUAUUCAAUUUGUGACUGAGAGUAGAAUUGUACCAUAAUCGGUAGCAUUCCCCCUCCAUAACACCUGUUGUUUAACGGUGUAAACUUAUAAAUAUAUUUCAAUUUUUCAUGCGCCUUUAAAUUAUUAUCUCCAAUUGGCUGAAUUUAAGUCCAGCGUGCACUGAUCAUGUAUGCUUCACUAACAUGGGACUAUUGACAUUGUUAUUGAUGUUUUGAAAUGUUUUGUCUUUAAAAUUGGAGUGGAUGUUAUUGGACGCUGUUUUCCACAAUGAACAGAGUGUACUAUUGGUUGUGGAAUAAAAAGUCAGUCCAAACAA